UUCUAACGGUCCGCUGUAGUAGGAGCUCUAAAAGUUUAGGGAACAAUGAAGAGACAAAAGUAUACGAAGUUGCGAUAGGCCACCCUAAAGUCCUCCUGUCUCUCAUCUGACUGUCGCCUCGUUCAAGCGGACUCCCUUUCUUUUCUCUCAUCCUCCAUCAUGUUCUUCAACCCCUCAGCCAGUUCAUGGAGGCAUGAGGGAUCAAUCGCUGAUUCAGAGGUUGAGAAAUUCCAUCGCCGCCUUCCAGACUACAACAUCACCCCGCUUGUCCCACUUCCCGGCUUAGCGAAAGAGCUCGGACUGGGGCAUGUUCUUCUGAAGGAUGAAUCCAAUCGAUUUGGAUUACCAGCUUUCAAGAUUCUCGGUGCUUCAUGGGCCACAUACAAGACAAUAGCCACAAAGUACAACCUUCCUAUACCCGUUUCACUCGAGGAGUUAGGAGCAUCGGCGAGAGGGCAUGGCCUGAAGCUUGUAACAUGCACGGAGGGUAAUUGGGGAAGAGCAGUUGCGAGAAUGGCGAAGUACCUCCGGAUUCCUUCCACUAUUUUCGUGCCCGAGUUCAUGGAUCAGGCUACACAAGACAAAAUAACAAGCGAAGGGGCAAGAGUGGUUGUUGUUGAUGGAGACUACGACAAGUCUAUUCAAGUAGCCAGAAAAGAGGCGGAAAGUGAUAAUAGUCUGCUGGUGAUGGACGUCUCAUGGGAGGGCUAUGAAGAAAUACCACAGUGGGUGGUCGAAGGAUAUACCACCAUGCUCAGUGAGACCGAUCAGCGACUGCAAGAGUUGGGCAUAGGUCCAGUAACCCAUGCCUUUGCCUCCGUUGGCGUCGGCUCCUGGGCGCAAGCAGUUGCGAUGCAUUACAAGUCCAAGAAUCCGGGCUCAUCCGUGGUGGCAGUAGAACCGGAAACAGCAGCUUGCCUAAAAGCUAGCCUAGAAGCUGGGAAGAUAACGCCAAUCGCGACUGGCCAUACCAUCAUGAACGGUAUGAACUGCGGUACGGUGUCAUACACAGCCUGGGAAGUUCUACGGAAAGGAGUCGAUGCGUGUGUUGAGAUAGGGGAUUUGGAAGCUCAUCGCGACUUGCAAUACCUGCACAGUCAAGGCGUGAAGAAUGGGCCCUGCGGUGCGGCCCCGUUGAGCGCGCUGAGGAAGCUGGUUAAGAAGAACAAACUUGGAUUGGACGGUCGGUCCGUGGUGGUACUGUUUAGCACUGAAGGAGAUCGCGAGUAUGCGAUCCCAACAUGAUCUAGAGCAUCAUGCGGGGCCAUCCCGAUCCGUACGGGAUGGUUGGAUUUACGGGUGACGUGAAAAGGCUAGACGAAUGCUUAGGGAGUUUUGUCAGCUAGUAAAAUCUUUGCAAC